UAGCGAUCCUAUUUAAAAUGUACCUGAGAAGCUAUUUGCGUAUUUACAAUAAUACAACAUUACACAUAACCGCGCAAAGAUACAACUCUGAAGCACAUGAAGCUCCCGGAAGACAUUACGCAUCACGUGACCUCCUGCGUCACGGCUGAAAUGGCAGCCCGCAGAUACACACUCUGAUAUCGGCGCUUGUUCUGUAGCCUAAUAUUUCUGUCCGUAAAAAGAGUGUCCACAGCAGCAAGAAGCGAACCAGGCAGAGGCUAAAGAUCAGAAAAUACAAGCGUGUGUUCGCAUACAUCACCUGGAAAGACCAUGAAACAAGACGGCAGCGCGAUGUCCCCGAAGAUCACCGCCGAGCUGCUUCGGCACCUGAGGCAGGCGAUGAAGAGCAGCAGGUACGUCAGCGAGCCGCUGCAGGCCUACAUCAUACCGUCGGGGGACGCGCACCAGAGUGAGUACAUCGCCCCCUGUGACUGCCGACGGGAGUUCAUCUGCGGAUUCAACGGCUCGGCAGGGACCGCCAUCGUGACGGAGAAGCACGCUGCCAUGUGGACGGAUGGGCGGUACUUCCUGCAGGCGAGCCAGCAGAUGGAUGGCAACUGGACCCUCAUGAAGAUGGGUUUGAAGGAGACACCGACUCAGGAGGACUGGCUGAUCAGCGUGCUUCCUGACAACUCCAGAGUGGGCGUAGAUCCUUGGAUCAUCGCGGCAGACCAAUGGAAAGCCAUGUCCAAGGCCCUGAGCGUUGCUGGCCACUCGCUGGUCGGCGUGCAGGAAAACCUCAUCGACGCCAUUUGGCAGGAUCGCCCCACAAGGCCCAGUAACGCUCUGAUCACGCUGGGGUUGGCGUUCACUGGCAUGACCUGGCAGGAGAAGAUCGUGGCUUUAAGGGCAAAGAUGUCGGAGCGAAAGAUUUCCUGGUUUAUCGUCACGGCUCUGGAUGAAAUCGCUUGGCUUUUCAACCUGCGAGGUUCGGACAUAGAGUACAACCCUGUCUUCUUCGCCUACGCCAUCGUUGGGAUGCAGACGAUAAGGCUAUGCAUUGACGGCAAGCGUGCCACCGACCCCGCUGUGAGGGAGCACCUGCAGCUGGACGCCCCUGGCGAACCGGACCUCAGGGUCCAGAUGGUGUCGUACGGGUUGGUGGAGGCGGAGCUGCGUGGCGUGUGCGCAGACCUCGGGCCCAAGGACCGCGUGUGGAUCAGCGACAAGGCCAGCUGUGCGCUCACGGAGAUCAUCCCCAAGGCCCACAGGAUCCCCAUUCCUUACACUCCUCUCUGCCUCGCCAAAGCGGUGAAGAACCCCACUGAGAUCCAGGGAAUGAAGACGGCACACAUCAAAGACGCAGUGGCUUUGUGCGACCUCUUCGCUUGGCUUGAAAAAGAGAUCCCCAAAGGCACGGUGACUGAGAUCUCAGCUGCUGACAAAGCAGAGGAGCUGCGUAGCCAGCAGAAGGACUUUGUUGGCCUGAGUUUUCCAACCAUUUCCAGCGUGGGUCCGAAUGGAGCUGUGAUACAUUACAGACCUCUGCCGGAGACAAACCGGACGCUGACCCUGAACGAAGUCUACCUGAUAGACUCGGGGGCCCAGUACCUCGACGGGACGACGGACGUGACCCGUACAGUGCAUUUCGGAACGCCCUCUGCUUUCGAAAAGGAGUGCUUCACCUACGUUCUGAAGGGCCACAUAGCCGUGAGUGCGGCCAUCUUCCCAAACGGAACCAAAGGCCACCUGCUGGACUCCUUCGCCCGCUCGGCAUUGUGGGAGUCCGGGCUUGACUACCUUCACGGGACGGGACACGGGGUCGGCUGCUUCCUCAAUGUCCAUGAGGGGCCCUGUGGGAUCAGCUACAAGACGUUCGCAGAUGAGCCCCUGGAAGCCGGCAUGAUCGUCAGUGAUGAACCUGGAUAUUAUGAAGAUGGAGCUUUUGGGAUUCGAAUCGAGAACGUUGUCUUGGUGGUUCCUACUAAACCCAAGUACAAUUACAGGAAUCGUGGCAGUUUGACCUUUGAGCCUAUCACGCUCGUCCCGAUUCAGGCGAAGAUGAUCAACAGUGAAAUGCUAACGCAGAAGGAGCGCGAUUGGUUGAACGAGUACCACAGGCAGUGCCGAGAGAUUGUCGGAGCCGAACUGGAGCGGCAGGGUCGCAAGGAAGCCCUCGAUUGGCUGAUCAGAGAAACUCAGUCAAUCAAGUAAUGAAAGCGUGUCAGCUGACGUGUAGGCAGGUCAGCCGUGACUGACCUGCGAUUCGCCCGCGAGUCACCCUUCCUUUACUUCAGAUCCUUUCCUGUCGGCCUCUCUUCACGCUGCCCUUCUUUUCUAAGACGCACAUUAUCUCUAUGGUUUUAUCUAGAUUCAGCGCGAUUAAGUAAAAAAAGAAAAACGCGGCAAA